AUGAAGAAGACAAAGGGUGAACGACGCAGUCUUGGCUUGAGUCGAUGGGUGCCCAAGUUGCUGAAUCCCGUGGAGAAACAUCGGGAUCGUGUGCACCACAAAAAAAAGAAGUUCGUGUUUAUGGCACAUAAACGUCCUCCAGCCAUAUUCACCGACUCGAGACGACCAUUCGUCGAGCUAUUGGCUCGAAUUCUGGCAUUUCUAGCCCCUUUUGAGCCGGCACGAGUGACUGCAUACGUCAACAAGUCGACUGCUGUAAGUGUGGGAAAAUACUACGAUCUCUACUAUCCUCCUCCUCGACCAGGAAAAUACCUUGUACAUCGAAUUUUAGAAAGUGUUUUUCCAUCUAAAGUGAUGGAAUUACUACCAAUCAAUGAUCGAGUACGUGCCAGUGCAAGCUGCAGGUCUUUCUAUGAGGCCUCGAACGCGCUGCCUCUCGAGUUGGACGGUGUACGCGCCGCCAAAGCGUUUCUGGCGAGUUACGAAUUCCCUCGAACUUUUCGCAUCCACAAACGCUUUAAAAAAACUCCGGCAUUAUUUUUUAACGAAGUUAAAGCAGAGGAUGCCGUAAAUAUUGUUCAAAUGCUGGAGCGUGAAGGCGAUGACGAUCCCAAAGAUGGUAGCGACUGUUUUGCUGCCGUUCAAGAAAUCUCGUUCCGGAAAGUUAGUGGGUUGAGUGCUUUAAAGGGAAAAUACUUCCAGCAACUCCUUCAGACGCUGCUCAUGGACCACCUGAAACUCGAGGAUCAGCAGUUUAAACAACUUGCUAAACUAUGGCAAGACGCAUGCUUCCCACGUCUCCAGCGUCUUAGCUUGGCUCAAAACGCAUUCAGCAGUCGAUUCGUGAGAGACUGGAGCUGGAGCUUCAACCACGAGAGGUUUCUGAUACUACAAGCAAUCGACGUGUCCAGUACACACUGA